AUGCGUUUAUUUAUACGAAAACGCAUGCUUUGCCAUGUGAGGCGGAUGUCAUACACAGGGGAUAGUAUGAAGUCACUACCUCUGGCGGAAUUAAAUAGUUGCGAUACGAUCUCUCAAUUGCAUCGACAUAUGGGCACACCCUUAUUCAUCAAGAAUGUGGCUAGUACUUUGUGUCAUGCUUGUGAACACAAACAGAAACUUGACAAUCUUUUUUUUGAAAAUCUAAGACAAUCUUUAAGUGAACCAGCCGAGUACAAGCAAGACUUUACGGAACGAAAACCUUUGCAACUUGAAGGGAUUAAUGACAUUGAAGGAUGGAUGAAGAUAAUAUUUCAAUUUUCUUUGAGUAUGAAUAUGGGCGGUGUUGCUUAUCUGAUACUGAGGUGUUGUGCCCAACAAGGAAUUGAUUCAAUGCUAAAUGCUGUUAAUAUAUUGCUGGUAAUCGACUUACUGAGUGUCCACCGUUCUCAAAGUAAGAACGUCCAAGAUAUAGAUCGAAUUCUCGAACUUUCAGAUAUGACAAACUACCUAUUCAGCAGUGAACAGGUAAAGAUGAUAAUAGAUAAAGCUUACAUGACACUGAGACCCGAUCUUUCCUUUCAACUGCAGGAACCAUUUGAGAUAGUAUCUUCUAACUUUCUAUACCCUAAUGCCACUAUAGAGAAUCUUAUACGUGUGUUUGGAUCAGUCCUAACGUCAAAGGUGUCUGAUACACUCUCAUAUUAUACGGGGAACGAGCAAGAAGACAAGGAUAUUGAUAUCACCGAGUUGUUGAAUAGGCAGCUGCUGUCCAAGUAUCUUCAGUUUUGUUACCAUGUUAUACAAGAAAGGUGUAUGAACAAUGAUCCUGUUAUUGUCUACAAGAUAUGGUUAAUAAUUAAACCAUUUCACAAUAAAAUCUAUAAUGCAGUCAUCAACUCUGAAACGAACGAUUUGUCUAAUAACUUUUACUAUUAUCAAACUCUUGCUAAAAUGAUUACAACAUUCUCAAAGAAUAGAAGGUACAGGAAGCUAAUCGAUGAAAUAAUAUAUGACUUACCACUUGAUUCAGUAAAAGUGUGUCCCGAACUAAUGACAUCCAUUAUUUACCAUUGUGCUCGUACAAAGAAUGAAUCACUGGGUACUAUUGUUGGCUCGAGGUACGACUCCAAUUCCGAUCUCAGUAAACUAUUUGGCCAAGGAGGUGACUUGAGUAUUCUAGCUACCGGAGAUAAGUUUACACCUGCACAGGCACGUGCAUUUUUGGCAUAUAAUCUCCGUUUAGGUAGAAAACAAAAGUCGCUUGAAAUCAUAGAAUACUUAAAGGACAAACUGAUUGGCAUCACAAACUUAGAUUUCAACGAGGUUAUUCGGUGUAUGCUAUACAACGGCGGAAAUAAGACUGAUCAAGUAAAAGAUAAACUGGACAGUGUCUGGAAGAUGAUUGAACAUAAUAACGAUUUGAAAAAUAGAAAGUUAAACAAGUAUGCCCUGAUAACAUAUUUGGAUUAUAUGAUCAACCAAAUGAAACGUGUAUCUCUGGACUUCAAACGCAUAGACCAAAUCUAUCAAUAUGCUAUACAAUGUAGCCCAUUUGAAGAUGUCAUUUACUGGAACUAUUUUUACAUGUCGUAUUUCAAAUACAUAAUCAGGAAGUAUCCCUUGAACAUAGCGCAGGAGGUCUACAAAAACUGCAAGAUCUUCACAACCAGAAGGAAUCCAUCUGACGUGAUAUAUUUCUGUAAAGUUGGGGAUUAUGGUUUCCGCAACAACCCAUUUAUGCAAAAGUUCCAAGAUGUCAGACUGAAAUUAAACGAUAAUGUGAGGCUCCUGAUAUUGAGAGACAUCUAUCAACGCAAUGAUUCCUAUUUGAAACGUGCCAAGCAACUACAAAGCGAUGAUUUGCCAGAGGCAGAAAAACAAUACGUUGAGGUAACUCGCUGGGUGUAUGAAGAACUCACGGAAAUCCGGUCAUCAUCCAUGAAAUCCAACAGACACCUAGUCCAGACCUCUAUGCUGAUAGACAUAAUUAAGACUAUCCACAGACAGGCACGAAGUAUAGGGUUCCAGUUGACGCCAGUUAGAGAUGCCAUUGAUGCUAACGAACGUGUAUAUAGACUAAAAAUGGGCGAAGCCGUGGCUAUUGACAACAUUAAACUAGAAGAGGAAUUCGAGGAGAACACCGCUUGUGGUGACAAUAUUUGGAGGCGUAGUAAUGCCCUCAAGUACAGAAAGUGA